AUGAAAGGAGAAGUGCAGCUAGAGCCAGCAGGUGAAAGGGAACGAGACCCUACUGACGUGGACCCUCUGCUAGAGAACCAGGAAGAUUCGUCACCUGGAAGCUCGACUGAGAUUUACAAUGAAGACCUCGAGUCUGGCUCCAUUCCCUGUUGUCGCAUUUGUCUUGAAAGCGAUGCCGAACCAGGGGAUGAAUUGAUUUCACCUUGCAUGUGUAAAGGCACCCAGCAGUUUGUUCAUAGCUCCUGUCUUGACCACUGGCGUUCUGUUAAGGAGGGAUUUGCUUUCUCACACUGCACAACUUGCAAAGCCCAAUUUCACCUUCGAGUUGAAUCAUAUGAGGACAAUUCUUGGCGUAAAAUAAAAUUCAGAGUUUUCGUGGCAAGGGAUGUUUUCCUCGUAUUUUUAGCUGUACAAUCAGUAAUUGCUGCAAUUGGUGGCUUUGCGUAUGUCAUGGACAAAGAUGGUGCCUUCAGGAAUUCAUUUAGUGAUGGUUGGGAUCGUAUCUUGUCAAAACAUCCUAUACCAUUUUAUUAUUGUAUAGGGGUACUGGCCUUUUUUGUGCUGCUUGGAUUUUUUGGGCUUAUACUACACUGUUCAUCCCUCAAUAGCAAUGACCCAAGAAUGGCUGGCUGCCAGAAUUGUUGUUAUGGUUGGGGAAUCUUGGAUUGUUUCCCCGCGUCUAUGGAGGCUUGCUUUGCCUUAGUUAUCGUUUUUGUUGUCAUAUUUGCCAUACUUGGCAUAGCUUAUGGUUUCCUAGCUGCUACCAUGGCUAUUCAGAGGAUCUGGCAGAGACAUUAUCACAUCCUGACCAAGAGGGAACUCACAAAGGAGUACAUAGUGGAGGAUCUUCAUGGAUGUUAUACCCCACCAAAAUUGGAUCCAGAACAUGAAGCACGUCUGAAAAUGCUCAAGUUGUUGUAG